UCUCCCAACUCUCUCUCUGAAUCUAACACCCGAUAGAAUGGCGUCUAAUAGGAGUCAAGGUGGAAUUCAACAGUUGCUGGCUGCUGAACAAGAAGCGCAAAGAAUUGUCUAUGCUGCGAAAAAUGAAAAAUUGGCUAGGCUGAAACAGGCCAAAGAAGAGGCUGAAAAAGAGAUAGCUGAAUAUCGAGCUCAGUUGGAGUACCAGUUUCAAAAGAAACUGUCAGAGAGUAGUGGGGAUUCUGGUGCUAAUGUCAAGAGACUUGAGCUAGAGACUGAUGCAAAGAUCCAUCACUUGAAAACUGAGGCUGCAAGAAUAUCCGGGGAUGUUGUCACCAUGCUCCUGAAGUAUGUUACGAGUGUGAAGAAUUAGAAUUCCGGGUGACAUAUUGGUGCUGGGAACUCUUAAAUUAUGCUGAAUAAUAUUUCGUGUUUAUUGUUGAUUCUAGAUUGUGGUGCGGAUAAGAUUCUUGAUUUAGUUAUAAUACUUGGUACCCUGCUGCCAUGUAUUAA